GCAGCGGCGGAUAAAUGCUAUUAGAGCAGCCGCCGCGGAGCCGUCCCCGACGCCACCUCCUUCUCUUUCGCCGCAGUUUCCUCCGCCGCUGUCGGGGGUGCGGAGCUGAGGGAACAGGGCGAGCGCACCGCGCACCACCCCGCCGGCUCGCCGCCCUCGCUCCUUUCUGCUCUCGGGGGUCGGCCGGGCGCCCCCUCCUCCGGCCCGGGAGGGGCCGCGAAUCACCUCAGGAAAGCGGGGAGGGGGUUCGGGGGCCGCGGCCUGCGCUCCCGGCGGGCGGUUGAGGGCAAAGGAGGCCCUCCCUUCUGACGAGGGGAGGGAGGGUCAGGAGCCCCCCACCGCCCAGCUGAGUCCGGGGCGUGCGCCGGCGAGGGCCGGGCUGCGAGAGGGGCGGUUGUCUGGGGGAGGGGGCGCGGGGUGAUUCAGCGCCCGGCGAGGCGGAAGCGGCCGCAGGAGGAGGAGGAGGGGGAGAGGCCCGUCCGCGCCUGGGCGCCCGGGGUGGCACGAGCCCGCGGCCCGAGUGCGAGGCGGAGGCGAGGAGGCCGCGGGGACUGGAGGCGAGGCCGGCCGGGCCCCCGCAGCCAUGGAGAACGCGCACACAAAGACGGUGGAGGAGGUGCUGGGCCACUUCGGCGUCAACGAGAGCACGGGGCUGAGCCUGGAGCAGGUCAAGAAGCUCAAGGAGAGAUGGGGUUCCAACGAGUUACCGGCUGAAGAAGGAAAAACCUUGCUGGAACUUGUGAUUGAGCAGUUUGAAGACUUACUAGUUAGAAUUUUAUUGCUGGCAGCUUGUAUAUCUUUUGUUUUGGCUUGGUUUGAAGAAGGUGAAGAAACAAUUACAGCCUUUGUAGAACCCUUUGUAAUUUUACUUAUAUUAGUAGCCAAUGCAAUUGUGGGUGUAUGGCAGGAAAGAAAUGCUGAGAAUGCAAUCGAAGCCCUUAAGGAAUAUGAGCCUGAAAUGGGCAAAGUAUAUCGACAGGACAGAAAGAGUGUCCAGCGGAUUAAAGCUAAAGACAUAGUUCCUGGUGAUAUUGUAGAAAUUGCUGUUGGUGACAAAGUUCCUGCUGAUAUAAGAUUAACUUCCAUCAAAUCUACUACUCUAAGAGUUGACCAGUCCAUUCUCACAGGUGAGUCUGUAUCUGUCAUCAAGCACACUGACCCCGUCCCGGACCCACGGGCUGUCAAUCAAGAUAAAAAGAACAUGCUCUUUUCUGGUACGAACAUUGCUGCUGGCAAAGCCAUGGGAGUGGUGGUGGCAACUGGAGUGAACACAGAAAUUGGCAAGAUCCGGGAUGAAAUGGUGGCAACAGAGCAGGAGAGAACCCCCCUCCAGCAGAAACUAGACGAGUUUGGGGAACAGCUUUCCAAAGUCAUCUCCCUGAUUUGCAUUGCAGUCUGGAUCAUAAACAUUGGGCACUUCAACGACCCAGUUCAUGGAGGCUCCUGGAUCAGGGGCGCUAUUUACUACUUCAAAAUUGCGGUGGCUCUGGCUGUGGCAGCCAUUCCUGAAGGUCUGCCUGCUGUCAUCACUACCUGCCUGGCUCUUGGAACUCGCAGAAUGGCAAAGAAAAAUGCUAUUGUUCGAAGCCUCCCUUCUGUGGAAACCCUUGGUUGUACUUCCGUUAUCUGCUCAGACAAGACUGGUACACUGACGACGAACCAGAUGUCUGUGUGCAGGAUGUUCAUUCUGGACAAAGUUGAAGGUGAUGGUUGUUCCCUUAAUGAGUUUACCAUUACCGGAUCAACAUACGCCCCUCUUGGAGAAGUGCAUAAAGAUGAUAAGCCAGUGAAAUGUCAUCAAUAUGAUGGUCUUGUGGAAUUGGCAACAAUUUGUGCUCUUUGUAAUGAUUCUGCGUUGGAUUACAAUGAGGUAAGGCUUCUCAUAAGUGAGAAAGCGAAGGGUGUGUAUGAAAAAGUUGGAGAAGCUACGGAGACUGCUCUUACUUGCCUAGUAGAGAAGAUGAACGUAUUUGAUACCGAAUUGAAGGGUCUUUCUAAAGUAGAGCGAGCAAAUGCCUGCAACUCGGUCAUUAAGCAGUUGAUGAAAAAGGAAUUUACUCUGGAGUUUUCACGUGAUAGAAAAUCGAUGUCAGUUUAUUGUACACCAAACAAACCAAGCCGGACGUCGAUGAGCAAAAUGUUUGUGAAGGGUGCUCCUGAAGGUGUCAUUGACAGGUGCACCCACAUUCGAGUUGGAAGCACUAAAGUUCCUAUGACCCCAGGAGUCAAACAGAAGGUCAUGUCUGUCAUUCGGGAAUGGGGUAGUGGCCGCGACACACUGCGGUGCCUGGCUCUGGCCACUCACGACAACCCACUGAGAAGAGAAGAAAUGAACCUUGAGGACUCUGCCAACUUUAUUAAAUAUGAGACCAAUCUGACUUUCGUUGGCUGCGUGGGCAUGCUGGACCCUCCAAGAAUUGAAGUGGCCUCUUCUGUGAAGCUGUGCCGGCAGGCAGGCAUCCGGGUUAUCAUGAUCACUGGGGACAACAAGGGCACUGCUGUGGCCAUCUGUCGGCGUAUUGGCAUCUUCGGGCAGGACGAGGAUGUGACGUCGAAAGCUUUUACGGGUCGGGAGUUUGAUGAGCUCAGUCCUUCAGCCCAGAGAGAUGCCUGUUUGAAUGCCCGAUGUUUCGCUCGAGUUGAACCUUCCCACAAGUCAAAAAUUGUAGAAUUUCUUCAGUCUUUUGAUGAGAUAACGGCUAUGACUGGGGACGGUGUGAAUGAUGCUCCUGCCCUGAAGAAAUCAGAGAUCGGCAUUGCCAUGGGCUCUGGCACUGCAGUGGCUAAAACGGCGUCUGAGAUGGUCCUGGCUGACGACAACUUCUCCACCAUUGUGGCUGCGGUGGAGGAGGGGCGGGCCAUCUACAACAAUAUGAAGCAGUUUAUCCGCUACCUCAUCUCGUCGAAUGUGGGGGAAGUUGUCUGUAUCUUCCUGACAGCAGCCCUUGGAUUUCCUGAGGCUUUAAUUCCUGUCCAGCUGCUCUGGGUCAAUCUGGUGACAGACGGUCUGCCCGCCACUGCCCUGGGGUUCAACCCUCCCGAUCUGGACAUCAUGAAUAAACCACCCCGGAACCCGAAGGAACCUCUGAUCAGCGGAUGGCUCUUUUUCCGUUAUCUGGCCAUUGGCUGUUACGUUGGCGCUGCUACCGUGGGUGCUGCUGCGUGGUGGUUCAUUGCUGCCGACGGAGGUCCGAGAGUGACCUUCUACCAGCUGAGCCACUUCCUACAGUGUAAAGAUGACAACCCGGACUUUGAAGGAGUGGAUUGUGCAAUCUUUGAGUCCCCAUACCCGAUGACAAUGGCGCUGUCUGUUCUAGUAACCAUAGAGAUGUGUAACGCCCUCAACAGCUUGUCUGAAAACCAGUCCCUGCUGAGGAUGCCGCCCUGGGAGAACAUCUGGCUCGUGGGCUCCAUUUGCCUGUCCAUGUCGCUCCACUUCCUCAUCCUCUACGUGGAACCUUUGCCACUUAUUUUCCAGAUCACACCGCUGAAUUUGACCCAGUGGCUGAUGGUGCUGAAAAUCUCCUUGCCUGUGAUUCUAAUGGACGAGACACUCAAGUUCGUGGCCCGCAACUACCUGGAACCUGGUAAAGAGUGUGUGCAGCCUGCCACCAAAUCCUGCUCGUUCUCGGCAUGCACCGAUGGGAUUUCCUGGCCGUUUGUGCUGCUCAUAAUGCCCCUGGUGAUCUGGGUCUAUAGCACAGACACUAACUUUAGUGAUAUGUUCUGGUCUUGACUGACAGUUUUACAUAAAGAAGAUGUUUAACUUAAUCAAUUAAUUUUUUUAUUGUUUAAAGCAACUGUCUAUUUCUGCUGAAUUUUCACAUGAACAUAUUGGCUGGUGAAGGAGAUUUCAUACUCUAGAUUUUGUUUUGCUUUUCUGACUCCAGUGGGGCAAGAUUUUCCUUUUUUAUACACAUAAAGUGUCCAUUGACAUGUACAGAGAACUAACACUAUUUUAUGCAAAUAUUUUUUUGUAGAUGAAAAAGCAUGUACAGUGUUCUGUUUAAUAACUCAUCCUUGUAUAAAAAAAUAGUUGAGCCAGCAGACAUUGUCAGCAAAUUAAUUGGCAGCAGAUUUUAGGAAAUGAAUGUGUGUGGUUUUUUUCUAAAACUAAAGAGCAUGUAUUAUGUCUUUUGCAUGAUCAUCUGGAUUUAAUCUGAGAUCACAGUCUAAUUUUUAUUCAUAAGCCAAUUUUUCUGCACUGAGCAGAGUACUGCUACCUCAGUCAGUAUUUUUUGGUUUGCCACUCCCCUCACCCUCCGGCCCCCGUUCACUCCCACCCCCGCUCCCGGCCCCGCUCGGCUGCUUCUCCCGUAGGGUUCCGAUGGUUCUGUUUACAUCAGUCUUAACAAGAGGUAUGCCUGUUCUCGCUUGUGCAGAAAACAUUGUUCCAGAUUCAAUCGACUGGGUUCAUGUCCCCCCACGUAGUUUUUAAGGUUAUUUAUUUAAAUGUCUAAUGUAUUUUAUUGUUAACAGACAUUGUUUUGCCAACAUUGCCUAUUUCAGUGGCACUUCACAAUCUAGUUUAAAAAGGAAAAUAAAACAUUUUAAAUGGACAGAAAAAUAACUGUCUUGUUUUUAACUUUUAAGUGGCUUAGCUUGAACUAUCAAACAGAUGUGUCCAAUUUUCUCUUAAGUUCUUAGCUCAGAACUUGAGUUUUACUGUGCUCGAGGGGAAGGAGGAUUGUGUUCUGCUGCAGAGGUAGUUGUAGGAAUUAAUACAUAGGCACCCGCUGUCACCCAUGAUACUUUUUUGCAAGUUUCUGCUGGCCUGUUUUAGCCUGGUGUAGAGAAUAUAAGGGGGAGUGUGUGUGUGUGUGUGUGUGUGUGUAUGUGUUUUUGUAAAAAUCUGUAAAUAGCACAUGACCAAAUGAACAUAUGUACAGAACUAUUUUUAUUUGAAUGUGGCACUAACCAACACCAUGGUUACUAUGAUAAAUGUUUGCGCAUGUUCGAGAUCAGUCUUACCAACCGUGUGUAAGUCAUUAACUGUCCUAACUAUGGUGUUUUCCUCCAAUGCCUUCCAACAUCCAUCAACUAACGUGAGUAUUCCCUGGAAUCCUGAUGCUUUAGCCUAAGGGUGACUGCCACCGAGCGAGCUAGCUGGGACACUAACGAAAACAUCCCGUGUGUCAUGUACUGCUGUGCUAUGUGUCUCCGAGAGCAGCAAGCGUACGAUGCGUGGUACCUGUGCACACGUGGGGUGGGUUAGAUGCCCGCAGACUCCAUGCACGGCCUUGGACAGUGGCUCAGCCAGAUGUUGAGGAGGGCCUGGUGGGAGAGAAACUCGUUUUGCUUUGGUCCAACUGACAGGCUGAGGGAAUGCUGCCUUUGUUAAUGCCAAGGUGAGGAGUCUCAAAAACUCAGGGUUCUCUGGUGGUUACUAGCUGCAAGGACUCCUCCCUGAGCCUUGCUACCGUGUUUGUUAACAAGUAAAAACCUAGUGAAAGCAAAUAAUUGAGCAGUGAAUUCAUAUAUCCAUAGGUUUGUCUCUUUCACCUUCUGGGUCAUAUCCUUUGCAGCUGAGACUUGUCUUCUCUUUCUCCAGGGUAUGAGAAAGCGCAGUUAGUAGGGCAUGGUUCUCCUAGCAACCAGCCGACCAGUCAUGAGCCAGGGUGAGGGAGGCCUAGGCAGCAGCUCCUUCCCUGUGAGGCCCUGACCUUUCUUGUGAAGGGACUGGGGCCGGCCCCAAGAUGUGCUAUAAAGGCUCAGUGCUUGGGGAAAAGUUAAUGGAUAUUACGCAGGGCAAGGUGCUGCCAACUUCCCAGGUCUGAGUAUAAGGGGAUGGAAGUCCCGGCCUGACUCAUCGAGGUCUCUGAGGAAGGGAGGUUGGUUUGUUUGGCAGAGAAUAUAGGGGGGAGGAGGGUAGGUUUUUGCCGAUUUUGGCGUAAAAAGAAGCGGGUUGAGUGGUCGAAUGCAAGGAGUGCACCUUGGCUGCAAACCAAGACAGGAUGUCUGAGCUUGUUGGGUGUGCUAUUCAGUGGAAACCAGACUUACCAGUCAACUUUUCCUGAUCUGGUUCCUUGAUGGAGUGGCCUUUACAAAAGAAGCGGAAUGUGGUUUGCUGCUGUCGGAGACGUGCACAGCCCCAGCUGGGCCUGGGCCUGGGCCGGCUCUUGUCUUGUGGUUUCUCAGCUUCGGGCCUGUCCAGCCCAUAGAGGUGGUUUAGGCAUCCCCUUCCCUCAGCCCGGGCCGCUGGGAGCAUCUCCUCGUCAGCUCUGAUCCAGGCUCUGCUGCUGAGAAACAGGCCCCCAUGAGCCCCUGUCCUCAGCCACUUACUGCUGUGGGCACAUCCCUGGCCUCAGGCCUCCUGUCCCAGACCUAGCCUCACCCAGCACCUGCAGGAAGGCACAGGCGGCCUCUGCUUUUGCCGCCGUCAGGACUAGACAGGGUGGUGUCGUGUUCAGACUCACCAAAACUUGUUCGUGUCCUCACCGACGGGCAGGUAGGCCUUGCACAGCUGCUUUGAUAGGGCUUUGCCUGGAAGGUGGCGGUCUCACACGUCCCCCAGCUGGGAUCCCACUCCAGCGGCUCAUUCUUCAUCUGCAUAGCACACGUGGCACAUUGUGCAGAGCGAGCUGGGUGAGCUCCCAAACAAGCAAGGCCAGUGCCAGCCCCCAACAAGCAGCUGCUGCUACCACGCCACCCUCAGACCGGGCCUCGGCCCCCUGAAUGUCCUGGAGGUGGUAGACCUCAGGAAUAGGAGACCACAAGCACUAGCUCAGUGUCCGUGAAGCACCUACCCACCGCCGGAGCGGUCUGCAGUGCCCGUGGGCUAAGGCAGCCCUUUUAAUGUCACCACCAAUUUUGUCAAAGCCACCACCGUGCAGCUAACAGCGACGGUAAUCCCCAGCCUGCCUGCUUCAAAGAGGUGGGUGAGGGCCGCAGCUCCCCUUCUAGGACCAGGCAGGGCUAGGCCCCCUGGGAGGGAAGGGAAGGGAAGGGAAAGGGAGGAGCCCGAGGCUUCGCACUGGGCCACACUGCUCACCUCUGCUUCACCUUCCUUACCAUCUGCACUGCUAACCGGGAACUUCCCUCCUCUUGCCCAUCUCCCUUCUGUUACAUCUGAAGCGAUUACAUGUCUGCCUGGUGGGGUUCUUCUGUGAGCCAGGGUGACAGGAAGGGCCCAUGUCGCCAAGCGAGUGCUUCUAGCUGCUACCCUGUGUAGGCAGCGCCUCAGGGACAGUUAAUUAGAAAUGCUGGUCUUGAAAUCUUAAAAGGUCAAACUGAAUAUUCCUUCUCACUAUUCCUUGUCACUAUUAAUCUUAAAUAGUUAUUCUAACAUUUCUUCCCGUAUUUCAUAAAGCUGAUUUCCUCUCUCUUUCCUUUUCAGCAAUACUGGAGUAACCGCUUCCUAAACCAUUUUGCAGAAAUAUAAGGGUGUUCGGUUGCGUGCAUGUGCGUUUUUAGCAACACAUCUACCAGCCCUCUGCAUGAUUGAUGUUGGGGGAAAAAGAAAAGUAGGAAAAAAAGUCCCCAACUCAUUGUGUGUUAUGUGGAGGAAACGUGUAUUACCAAUGGGGUUUAGCUUUUAAAUCAAAAUAAUUACAAAUGUACAAUUUAGCUUAAUGAAUCAGAAAGCCUCUCCAGAGAACUUUGGUUUCUUUGCUGCAAGAAGAAUGAGGUUCUGAAACCUUAUCUAAGAACUUAGAAGCCAUCAGCCAAGUCUCCCAUGUUUCUCUGUGCAAAAUGUCAUAGCCUAUAUAAAUGUACCAUAUUCAAUUGUAAUGCAUGCCUUCAGUUGUAAGUAGCCAGAUUGCUCUAUGGUGUCAUUUAAACAUGCUACUUUUUAAUUGGCCCUGUACAGUUUGCUUAUUUAUAAAUUUAUUGAAAACACUACAGGUGUUGAAAGGUUAGAAUGUAGGCCUCCAGUUCAUAACUUGUUAUUUUUUUGAGUGUGCAAACAGCUAUUUUGCACUGUAUUAAAUGUAACUUAUUUAAUGAAAUCAGAAGCAGUAGACAGAUGUUGGUGCAAUACGAAUAUUGUGAUGCAUUUAUCUUAAUAAAAUGCUAAACUUCAUUUAUCACAACGCAUGUUUGACUUUAGACUGUAAAUAGAGAACAGUUGUCUAUUUCUGUGCUGGUAACAACAAGCAUUGCACAGACAUGGUUUCAGGUAAAUAAAUCUAUUCUACGAUAA